UAUCCCGCCGCCCACAGAUCUUUCUCUCUUCUCUGGUUUUUAUUUUGGAGGGAUAGCAAUGCGCAGGAGAGCUGAACCCUAUGGAGAGUCUCUGCUAACUAAGGCGGUGAAAGCAGUUUUCGCAUUUGUUAAAUUGGCGGAGUUCGAAAUUCUCUUUGUUCUCUUCUUUCUCAUCGCCUAUAUCAUCUUCAAAGAUCUAACAUCAAGGCCUGAAUACAAUCAAAUCUUUGUGCCAAAGCCCAGUGGAGAUGAUUUCUGGCCAUUCUAAAGAGAAAACAUUGGAGCUUCCUGAGGCAUACUGGAGUAUAAAGAUGAUUGGAAUACAGGUUCAUAAUUGCAAACUUUUCUACAAAGUGAACUUGUUUUGCAGAAAAUACUGUAGCUUCCUGAGGCUUGACUGGGAGUACAAAGAUGUUUGUAUUAGUGGUCGAUGGUAGUAGUGGUUCAUAAUUGCAUAAUCUUUUGGGAUUUUUGUUAUGUAAUUAUGUACACCACGUGCCUGAGACAAUUUAUUGGUUUCCAAAUGCCAUUCUCUCUC